AUGCCCAACACCGGAUCAUCUGCGCCACCGUUGAAAUUCAAACCCUUGGUGUUGCCACCGAAGUUGACCAACGGCGAUUUCAAUGAAUUUAUUCUAGAUAUUAUCGAACUAGUGGGGGUGGAGAACGUGGAAAUCAUUACUUCCAAGAAUCAGAUUCAGGACGGCACAUACAUGAGCCCAAAGCACUCACAUGAUCCCCAUCAUAUCUUGGAGCAGGACUUCUUUCUCGCCUCAGCAAUCGUUGCUCCUCGCAAUGUCGGGGAUGUACAAUCUAUUGUGAGACUUGCCAACAAGAUCUCAUUCCCACUCUGGCCUAUCUCUAUCGGAAGGAAUUCGGGAUAUGGAGGUGCUGCGCCACGGGUCAGCGGCAGCAUCGUGGUGGAUAUGGGGAAAAACCUCAACAAAGUGCUAGAGGUCAAUGUUGAAGGGGCAUAUUGCCUGGUGGAACCCGGUGUGACAUUCCACGCUUUGUACGACUACCUAGUGGCCAACAACCUUCAGGACAAACUGUGGCUUGAUGUACCAGAUCUUGGUGGUGGCUCGGUUCUCGGCAAUGCGACUGAGCGAGGAGUAGGCUACACGCCAUACGGAGAUCAUUGGAUGAUGCACUGUGGUAUGGAGGUCGUGCUACCAAACGGGGAGCUUCUUCGGACUGGCAUGGGUGCGUUGCCGGACCCCAAACGCCCUGAGACCAUGGGCUUGAAGCCGGAAGACCAGCCCUGGAACAAGACUGCUCAUUUGUUCCCCUAUGGGUUUGGCCCAUAUGUUGACGGAAUAUUCAGCCAAUCUAACAUGGGAAUCGUCACAAAGCUUGGCAUGUGGCUGAUGCCAAAUCCGGGUGGAUAUCAAUCCUACUUGAUCACAUUGCCCAAAGAUGAUGAUUUAAAACAAGCAGUCGACAUCGUUCGACCCCUGCGUUUGAAUAUGGCUCUUCAGAAUGUACCCACCAUUCGCCACAUUCUCUUAGAUGCAGCAGUGCUGGGCAACAAGGCAUCCUAUUCAUCGAAGACUGAGCCUUUGUCUGAUGAAGACUUGAACCAAAUCACAAAGCGACUCAACCUAGGAAGGUGGAACUUCUAUGGAGCUCUUUAUGGACCCGAGCGGAUCCGUAAUGCCCUCUGGGAAACUAUAAAAGAGGCAUUCUCGGUUAUUCCAGGGGUUAAGUUUUACUUCCCAGAGGAUACCCCCGAGAACUCGGUCCUUCGUGUCCGCGACAAGACGAUGCAAGGCAUCCCAACAUACGACGAACUCAAAUGGAUUGACUGGCUCCCCAAUGGCGCCCAUCUGUUCUUCUCGCCCAUUGCAAAGGUGGCAGGGGAGGAUGCCAUGAUGCAGUAUAGAUUAACCCAAAGGAGAUGUCAAGAGGCUGGUUUGGACUUCAUUGGCACAUUUACUGUCGGCAUGAGAGAAAUGCACCACAUUGUCUGCAUUGUGUUCAACAAAAAAGACACUGCUCAGAAGAAAAAGGUUCAGUGGCUGAUCCGAACGCUCAUUGAAGACUGUGCCGCCAACGGAUGGGGCGAGUAUCGAACUCAUCUGGCUGUCAUGGAUCAGAUCAUGGGAACAUACAACUGGAACAACGGCAGUUUCCUCAAGUUCAAUGAGAUUCUCAAGAACGCGGUAGAUCCUAAUGGGAUCAUAGCCCCUGGAAAAUCGGGUGUUUGGCCGAAAAGUUAUAGUCAAAUUGCCUGGAAGCUAUGA